CACACCCCCGCUGAACUGGUGCUGGAGAUCACCGCGACUUACUAUUGCUUUGUAUCGUUGACUAUCCGUAACGAAAGUGCCGAACGUUCGAUCUGUGUUUAUAUACUUGAUCUCAUUCUUUGCAGCCGGCCUGCAGGAAGUAAUAAACCUCUUGGAACGGAUCGCAACUACUAGCCUUUACAGGUCUGCUUCGACCAACAUAACAUCAUGGACUUGGCCUAUGACCACAUACAUCAAGAAGCGUUCACAAAGAACAACGACGAUACCGAGGGUGGGUCAAAGGACUCCAAGUCGGGCCAACAGUCGAGUCUAGAUAAGGAUCUGCAGGAAGCCUACAAGGCCAUCUCGACCAGCGCUUGGGGUGUCAAAAUCGGGGGCUUCUUGGGCAAUGCGGUCAAACAGGGACAAUCAGUUUACCGAGAAGCAUCAAAGGAGGUCACCGAACUCGGACAGGAUGCGGCGAAAGGAUUCAACAGCCUCCAAGAGACGAUCGUAUCACGAACAAGAGGUCUUUCGAUAACAACACUGACACCCCAAACAGGGGAGUCUUCUCGUACCAAGGCAAAAGAGGCGGAUGAGAAAGGAGAGGUGACCCCCACGAUUUCGAGACCUUCAGGUUCAGGCGACGCUGCCGGCCAUUCAGAGACGUACUUGGCGAGACUUCGUGCCGAGGCAGCCAAGCGGUUGAAAGACCUACAGAGGGCAGAGGAUGCUGCGGAUGAGGCAUUGCUACGGUUUGGCACCAACAUCAGCAACUUUCUCAAGGAGGCCGUUACCAUUGCGCCUCCGUCGGCCUCGGACAACCAAGGAGACAACAGGGUGCUUUUUGAAAGCAAGGAUGCACAAGGCAAGCGGGUCAUUCACGCGUCUAGGCAGGAUGCCCAACUACAUGUCAUACACACCAGCCCAGACAGCUUUUCGAAAGACCCAGCGACCGAGGAGUUCGUGCAAUGGUCAAGGACCUUUGAUGUCGAGAAAAAGACCUCGGACAUCAGCGACGACCUGGACAAGUACCCCGAACUUCGAUUGACAAUGGAGAAACUGGUCCCAGAUCAGGUGCCUUAUGUCGACUUCUGGACACGAUAUUAUUUCCUGAGACACGGUCUGGAUGCAGCUGAAGCCCGACGACGAGAUCUACUCAAAGCCGCGUCUGCUGAGGACGAUAUUGGAUGGGGCGACGAUUCGGACGAUGAAAACGACGAGAACACCCAGUCCAAGGCCGACCAGAAAAAGCCCGCACAUCAGCAGGACAGACCUGCGUCGGCAGCAUCAUCCACCACUAUCCAGCCACCAGCACCAGCACCAGCACCAGCACCAGCACCAGCACCAGCACCCGCGCCCGCAAGCUCCCUUAAGCCCAUCGAGUCCCGCAAGUCGAACGAUGAGAAGUCGCAGGCCGGUAGCGAGGCCAGUUAUGAUGUGGUCGGCGCGGCGUCUGGCGUUCCAAGCCAAGCACCCAACAGCCCCAAGGAAGCAGGCAAGGUGGAUGAUAGUGACGAGGACUGGGAAUAGAUCUGAUGGUACUCGUGGUUGGCGUUAUGCUGGUCGAAUUCCCCCCACCUUGGGGUUGCGUAAUUUGAUGUAAUAUUUGCUUUCCGUUGGUACGCAACAAGGCAACACAACGUCGUCUCUCUAUGCGUCCCAAGCCCUCAUAGGCCAAAAUCCAUUUUAUGGCCUACUUAGCACACAAGUAUACCUUCAAUUAAUUCGCCGGGUUUUCGUGAACACUAUCUC